GGGUGACCACAGCACAACAACCCCGUGCGGGCACACUUGUCUACACGGAUCAUUUUUACCGCUCCGCGUGUGGGUCUGCGUGGCGUCCGGACAUUAAGCGGCGUGUUGACGUGUCCAGUUGUUCCCUGCCAUGUCCUGCCGUGUGGCCACGUUGGUCGUCCAGUGCUCUCGUGCUUGCCUAUGAAAACCCGGCCGCGCAGGAGACAUCGCCAAACACGACGGGCCUCCGCCUCCCGGUGCAGAUUCCUUCGCCCCGACCUCCAUUCAUUCAGGCGAGCAUGCUGAUGCAAUGCUUCUUCUGCAUUAUGCUGCUUGGUGUUCAUGUUGCUGAACCGUCGUCGUUGUUUGCUUUUGGCAGGCUGCGCGUACGCGUGCGUGAUGGGCCGAAAGAGGAGCGCUUCCAAGAAGGCGAAAAUCAGCACCGAAACUCGGGACCGCAUGACGGCGCCGCAGGAAGAAUUAGAGACGGACAAUGUUUUCUCCCACGACAUGGACACCCUUGAAUGUGAAAUCUGCUCCCUGCCUUUUUGAUUCUCAGAUCUUCAUGGCAAGUGUCUGAAAAACUUGACUUCUGCAUUGGUUGCAGCAUGAUUUUGUUCAAUCUUUACUCUGCUAAUAACUUGCAUGGCUUGUUUCUCUGACUUGAUUGACGAGCAGUGCAAGAACGGACAUGCGGCGUGCGGCAACUGCUGCAUCGGCAUGAACCACAAGUGCUCCUGCUGCCACGAGCGCAUCGGCGACAUCCGUUGCCGGGCGAUGGAGAAGGUCCUCUCCGGCAUGACCAGGCUAUGCAAGUUCCGCAAGCUCGGCUGCGGGGAGACCGUCAAGUUCACGGAGCUGCGGAGCCACGAGGAGGAGGCGUGCCCAUACGCGACCUACAGCUGCCCGUUCGACGGCUGCGCCUACCGCGGCGCGCUGCUCUACGACCACGUCCACGACGAGCACGCGCAGGCGCCGGCGCCGGCGCCCAACUGUCACAUGGUGGGCGGCCUGCUCCGGGGCGCGACGGUCACUCUGCGACGGGACGAGCCUGUCCACACGCUCCUUCACCGCGACAGGGUGAGCGUGAUCCUCCUGCUCAACGGCGGCGACGUCCUGACCGGGCGGUCGCUGUCGCUGGUCCGCAUCUGCCCGCAUCCCAAGCCCGACCAAGAAGACGAGGAAGUUGAGUACAGGAUGGUGGUGAUGCGCGGCGAGCCCGGGCCUGGGUCGCCCUCGCUGACGGCGUCGGGGAGAGUGCAGUACGUCCGCCGGCUGGAGGGGUGCCAGCCCCGACACUUCCUGUUCGUGCCGGACGCUUUCUGGGGCUCUUCCGGCAGCGUCGUCUGAUUCACGCUGACGCAUGUGUCUGCUUAAUCCUGUAUCCUGCUGGGUGCUGGGUGGAUCUGUAGUGUAGUGUAAUGGUGGCGGUGCUGGCGGUGUGAUGUCCAAGUACGUCGUACAAUAGUUGCAAGUAGCAGUAUGUUAGUAGGUCUGGUUCUGCUAACUGCCGAAUCCCUGUCUGUAUCCUGGUGGGUGGAUCUUUUGUUUUUGGGCCCGCCAGGGAUCAUCAGGCAGAGGCAGGGUAGUGUAGUGGUUAGGAGUUUGUAGUUGUAUACAGUACGUACGUAUGUAAGUAUGUUCCAUGGUGGGAUCGUGUAUAAUGUAUCAGUAAUGACUCGGCGGUAUGACCA